AUGAGCCCGCUCUCCUUCCUCCGGAGUGUUUACACUCUCGACACACUCGACACUCGCUUCACCACACCGGCCGCGACCUCGUAUAAGACAGUCAUUGACUCCCGCGGUGACCAUAAUGUAAGGGAUGCACAAAAAGAAAAGAUCGCCAGCAGGGCCCCACCUUCAAAAUGGAACACGCCGGAAUUCUACCUUUACUUUGCCGUCGUCUUCACCUGCAUCCCGCUGAUGCUAUGGGUCCCAUAUACUGUGUCAAGACGUGCGUCCUCUAGUAUCCUGCAAACUAGAGACAAUACGGAUUCCCAGUACCGUAGCUUUCGACAGAACGUCCCCUACUUGGCCCUCCUCCUUAUUUUCCACCCAUUGUGCAGAAGACUAUGGAACAAGUUCAAGCCCCUCCCGCCCCAUGGGAAAACACCCCCCGCCGACGAGGCCGAAGCCCGGCUCGAGCAGCGCGCCUCCUUCGACUACACAUUCGCCAUGAUAUUUCUCGCUGCGCUACACGGCUUCUCGAUGUUCAAAGUGAUCGCGAUUCUCUGGAUAAACUACAACAUUGCAACAUGCCUACCAAGGAAGGCCAUCCCAGUGGCCACGUGGGUGUUCAACAUUGCCACGCUGUUUGCGAACGAGCUCUGUCAGGGUUACCAUUACAGAGACAUAGCAGCGGUGAUAUCGGGAACUUCACCCAUGCUACUCCGGACAGUCCCCGUGCAGAACGGGCUCGUGAAUUGGGGAGUGUGGUUGGACAGCUGGGGCGGCAUCAUGGGGCGCUGGGAGGUUCUGUUUAACAUUACCGUCUUGAGACUGAUCAGCUUUAACUUGGAUUACUAUUGGAGUCUGAAUCACCGAGGCGCAAGCUCUAUCGAGAAGAAACAACUCGACCCAGCCGCUCUCUCAGAGCGGGACCGCGUGACUAUACCCGCUCAAGCUCGAGAUUAUACUUUCCGCAAUUACCUCGCCUACGCGCUCUACGCACCAUUGUAUCUCACCGGGCCGAUCAUCACCUUCAACGACUACAUCUCCCAGCUUCGUUACCGGCCCCACAGCAUCGAGACCAACCGCACGGUGAGGUACGCCGUGCGAUUCCUGCUCUGCCUGCUCUGCAUGGAACUCACACUGCAUUUCGUCUAUGUCGGCGCCAUCGCCAGCUCCCUGCCGGUAUGGGACUCAUACACGCCCGCGCAGCUCUCACUGCUCAGCUUCCAGAACCUGAUCAUCAUCUGGUUGAAGCUGCUUCUGCCCUGGCGGUUCUUCCGGCUGUGGAGCCUGGUGGACGGUAUCGACCCGCCUGAGAAUAUGGUGCGCUGUGUCACCAACAACUUCUCCACCCUGUCCUUCUGGCGCGGGUGGCACCGCUCCUACAACAAGUGGCUCAUCCGCUACAUCUGGAUCCCCCUGGGCGGCGCCUCGUUCGCCACGCUGUACUCGUCCCUGCGGUCCAUCGCCGGCUACCUGAUCAUCUUCACGUUCGUCGCGCUCUGGCACGACAUCAAGCUCCGCCUGCUCAUCUGGGCUUGGCUCAUCGUCCUAUUCAUCGUCCCCGAGGUUGUGGCCAGGAUGGUCGUGACCAGGAAGAUGCUCGGCGGCAACGAGACGCGGUACAGGAUGGUGUGCUGCGUGGGCGCUGUGGCGAACACGUUGAUGAUGAUGACCGCGAACUUGGUUGGGUUUGCGUUUGGGCUGGAUGGGCUGCAGAGUAUCUUGCGCGGCAUAUUCCACGAUUUUUCUGGUGCACUAUUUUUCAUCACAGCAUGUAUGGCCAUCUUCACGGGCAUCCAGGUCAUGUUUGAAAUUAGGGAGAGCGAGGCGCGGAAGGGCAUUGCGUUGAAGUGUUAG